UUGCACCCCUACGCCCGGCAAGAAGGCUGCCAAUCUCACCGUUCCUCUCCUCUUUUCCCUUCUUCCUUCUUCCCAUUCUUAUUUACAGAGGUAUAACUUUUUUUACACAGUGCUACUAUUUAAAAUUGGUGCCAAUUACAGAUAAAUAGCUGUAGUGAUUGUGUAACAAGCACAGAGCUGGGAGGCGGGGAGGGACAUGCCAGGGAGCCCCAAGCCGCAGCUGCUCGCCCUGCAGACCGUCCCGCUGCGCACCGGCCUCAAUCUCCAACCGGCAGCAAUUCUGGCAGUCCCUGUGGGCACGCGCCCCAGGAAUCCGCCGCCUUCCUUGGUCAGUGCGAGGUCGGGCUGCCGGGUCACAGAGACGCGGCCUCGGGGCAGCCUAGAGCGUCCCAGGUGCGCUCUCGCUUCCGGGUCAGUAGCUUGGCGGCCCCGGGGCUGGAGAGGAAGAGCGUGGGUUCCAACGAUUUUGAGGGUUCCGACGGUUUUGUCGAUGGCUUGUGGCAGGGUCGGCGCCCUGUCGCAGGCGUUGGACCUUCCUGCGACUUCAGCCUGCGGUGCGCUGACUCUGAUGUGGGGUCCCCAGCUUCCCACGGUGCAACGGGCGCCGUGGGGAACCCGGCCAGCAGCAAUCCGAGCAUCUUCCCUCUGGUUGCAUUCUGUUACGCCUGCCUCUCUGCAGACCCUGGGCUGUCAGUGCCCGCUCCCUGUCCUGUUUGUCCAAGGCCAGAAGACAGUGCAGGAAGCCAGGGAUACCAGUCAUGCUUCAAACCGCUUGGCCUCAGAAAUUGGUGACCUUUGAGGAUGUGGUCGUGUACUUCACGCAGAAUCAGUGGGACAGCCUGCAGCCUGCACAGAAAGCCCUGUACAGGGAGGUGAUGCUGGAGAACUAUGCCCGUGUGGCUUCCCUGGCUGUGUGUCCAUCCCACAAGCCUGUUCUCAUCACCCAGCUGGAGAAAGGUGAAGCUCUGUGGGCCUCAGAGCAUCUGAGAGGCAGCAGUCUUGUUCCAGGGGAUCAACGCCCUCUUCUGAAC